AUGGCCAGAAGACCCGCGAGAUGCUACCGCUACUGCAAGAACAAGCCCUACCCUAAGUCUCGGUUCAACCGUGGUGUGCCCGACCCUAAGAUCCGCAUCUUCGAUCUCGGUCGCAAACGUGCCAAUGUCGACGAGUUCCCUCUCUGCGUGCACAUGGUCUCCAACGAGUACGAACAGCUGAGCUCUGAAGCCCUCGAAGCCGCCCGUAUUUGCGCCAACAAGUACCUCGUCAAAGUUGCUGGCAAGGAAGGUUUCCAUCUCCGCGUUCGCGCCCACCCCUACCACGUCGUCCGCAUCAACAAGAUGUUGUCGUGCGCUGGUGCCGAUAGACUGCAGACCGGAAUGCGUGGUGCCUGGGGUAAGCCCAACGGAACCGUCGCCCGUGUCAACAUCGGUCAGAUUCUUCUCUCGGUCCGCACCCGUGACUCCAACCGCGCCACCGCCAUCGAGGCCCUGCGUCGUUCCAUGUACAAGUUCCCUGGUCGCCAAAAGAUUAUCGUCAGCAAGAACUGGGGCUUCACUCCUCUUCGCCGCGACGACUACGUCAAGCUCAAGCAGGAGGGUCGUCUGCUCCAGGACGGUGCCUACGUUCAGUUCCAGCGCAACAAGGGCCGCAUCGAGCAGAACAUGCGCCGCUUCCCUGGUGCCUAUGAGACUGCCUCUGAGGCUUAG